AUGGAAGUCCUCCAUCUGUCCAUGCCACGCACAGGAACAGUGUCCAUGCAAAAGGCACUCGCCAUCCUAGGAAUUCGACUAUACCACGGGGGUGGAACCACGCUUAAGCGACCCUCGGACACCGUGCGGUGGAUGCAGGCAGCCAAGGCAAAAUUCAACAACCAAGGUCCUCGAUUCCAGCUAGCAGAUUGGGAUCAACUGCUAGGUGACUUUGGCGCCGCGAAAGUCAUCCUCAUUCAACGAGAUGCAGCAUCCUGGGCUGGGAGUUUCAGAGGGGCCUUUGGACGUCUGCACGACUGGCGGACGGUGUUGAUUGCGCAGCUUGACCGGUGGUCGCUGAGGCCAUACCGAGGAAUGAUGCUUUUCGUCGCAGACAACUUUUUCGAAGGCUCGCCAAUGCGCAAGAGCAAAGAAAGCCUUGAGGCCCGAUAUGAUGAGUAUUACAGUUUUGUUCGCAGCAUCACGCCCGCAGAUCAACUGCUUGAAUACCAAAUGGGAAGCGGCUGGGAGCCCCUGUGUUCCUUUCUCGGCAAACCCAUACCUAAACAGCCUUUCCCGCAUGCUAAUGAUCGUCGCAGCCAUUCUGAGAAGUUCAAUCGCACGGCGAAUGUUGCGGUCACCAAAUGGAGUGUACUGUGCCUUGGGUCUAUUGCGCAAGCCUGGGCACUGCUAUAUUAUAGGCAUGCAGUCAUAUCGUGGGCCCUGGCUUUAUGUCAACUGGCAGUUGGCAACUGA